ACGUUCGCAAAAUAUUUUUUAUCGAUUUAAUAAAAUAAUACAAAAUAAUAAAUAAUAAAAAAACAACUACAUUCUCAUCGCCAUGGCCGGAGCUCACAGCCUCUCCAUCUCUCUCUCUCUCUCUAAAACUCGAAGUGAGAAAAGGAGUAUUUGAAACCCAAGAUUCUUUAUUUUUUUUUCUUUUUCCUUUUCUUUUUUUCUUUUGGCCUCCCUCUGUCUGUUCCUCGUGGUUGAAGCGAGGAAUCCAGUGUCGUAUUGAAUCCGUGAAAUGUGCGUAUGGCGAAGUAGACUGGGAGACAGUUUCGUCGUCUGCUUGUCUCAUUGAUGAAGCUGAUUCAUCGAUGCCAGAGGAUUCUCAUCCUCUCUCUACUCUCUGUCUCUGUUUUCGCUCCCAUUGUUUUCUUCUCUCAAAAGCUUAAAAAUCUUUCUCAUAUAGGACGGGAAGAAUUUGUUCAGGACUUGUCAAAUAUUAAAUAUAAGACAGAUGCUGCUUUGAGGCUUAAUGCCGUUGAGCAGGAAUCAGGUGAAGACUUGACAGAACCAAAACAAGUUGUUUAUGAAGAUAGGAACUUGGGUUCUGGAGUGAGUUAUAGUUCUAUUGAAAACCACGAUAGUCAGGAAUCUGAAAAUGCUGAAGACCCGAUUAAGUUUUCGGAGAGAAAUGUUUCAGAAACUAAUCUCGAAAGAAAAGGUCAGAAAUCUCAGCUGAGCGAGUUGUCAUCCACGAAUGGGGAAGAGGAGCAUUCUAAUCAAACAGCAAUUGAACACGAACAAAAUGCACACUCUCAGUACCGACAAAUGAUCAAUGAGAAGAAUAAAGAGAUGAGAGAUGGGGAUUGUAAUCAAACAAGUGUCUCGUAUGAUAAGCACUUAUGCUCUCGGUCAAAGAAAGUGGUGGAUGAGAUGGUAACAGAGAUGAAGGAUCAAGUGAUUAGAGCCAAAGCAUACUUGCAUUUCACACCACAAGGCACCAACUCCCACCUAGUGAAAGAGUUGAAACAGGGGAUUAGAGAGGUGGAACGAGCAGUUGGUCAAGCCAUCAAGGACUCAAAUUUGUCGAGGAGUUCUUUGCAGAAAAUGAGAUAUAUGGAAGCUACAUUGACGAAAGCUAGCCAUGUUUUCCCUGACUGUUCUGCUAUGGUCUAUAAACUCCGUGCUAUGACUCUAAAUGCGGAUAGACAGGUUCAGUCGCAGAAGAAUCAAGCAACAUAUCUUAUUCACCUUGCUGCAAGGAUGACUCCAAAAGGUCUUCAUUGCCUUUCCAUGCGGCUGACUGCAGAAUACUUUGCCCUGCAGCCUGAGGAGAGACAGCUCCCUAACCAACAAAAGUUGCAAGAUAGAGAGCUAUAUCAUUAUGCUGUCUUCUCUGAUAAUGUUCUGGCUUGUGCAGUUGUUGUGAACUCCACAGUCUCCACUACCAUGGAGUCGGAGAAAAUUGUUUUUCACGUCGUCACCGAUUCUCUCAAUCUUCCAGCAAUUUCAAUGUGGUUCUUACUGAAUCCUCCUGGCAAAGCCACCAUCCAGAUCCAGAGCAUAGACAAUUUUGAAUGGUUGUCCACCAAGUAUAAUACAACAUUGAAGAAGCAAAGUUCCAGUGAUCCAAGAUAUACUUCUGAACUGAACCACCUUCGUUUCUAUCUGCCAGAUAUCUUUCCGGCACUGGAUAAGAUUGUGUUUUUUGAUCAUGAUGUGGUGGUGCAAAGGGAUAUAACUGAACUAUGGGGCAUUGACAUGAAGGGUAAGGUAAAUGGGGCAGUUGAGAUUUGUCAUGAAAAUGAAGCUCUACUUCGUCGGAUGGAUAUGCUCAUCAACUUUUCCGAUCCACUUGUUGCAAAGAGGUUUGAUGUCAAUGCAUGCCCUUGGGCAUUUGGGAUGAAUUUAUUUGAUCUGCGAGAAUGGAGACAACAAGAUUUAACUGCAAUCUACCAUAAAUACUUGCAAUUGGUUUAUAAGAGGCCAUUGUGGAAAGUUGGGAGUCUGCCCUUAGGUUGGAUUACUUUCUAUAACCAGACAAUGGCUUUGGACAGGCAAUGGCACGCCCUAGGGCUGGGUUAUGACUCCGCUGUCAGACGAGGUGACAUCGAGCAGGCAGCAGUGAUACACUAUGAUGGAGUUAUGAAACCGUGGUUGGACAUUGCCAUCGGGAGGUAUAAGGGUUAUUGGAGCCAAUAUGUUCAGUAUGACCACCCUCAUUUGCAACAGUGCAAUAUCCAUGGAUAGAAAAUUACUACACAUGACUAGUGGCACAUGCCCACAUAAUUAGUUGCUUCAUGCUCUAGGAUCUGCACAUGUUCACUCGAUUCUUUCUUUUCCAUCAGCGAUUCCUCUUGUAAAGUUCAACUCAUUUUUUGCCAAAAUUUUCCGGCAGCAAUCUUCUAGGAGUUUGAGUCAAUUAAUAGCAAUAAGUUGAAUUGAAAAAUAAGAGUCCCUGGGGUAUGCUGUUAUGGAUUGGUGAUUGCUUGUUGCAUGUACAUAGCUCAGUUGAGAUACUCCACUUGAUUAUUUCAAACACCUUACACUCGCUACAGAGAAUUAAAUUUGGUAU